AUGCUUCUCUCAACCCUCAAGUCCUGGUCCCCAUUUCGCAUCGACGCCCUCGGCCUCGUCACCAUCCUCGGCUUCCACGAAAUCAAUCUCUCUGUUGGCCGCUUCUUACACAGUUGGAUCACCGAGUGCCUUCCGUUCCUCGGCGCCUUCACCGUCGCGAGCAACCAGAUCCUCGAGCCUAUUCCCGGCUUUGUCCUGUAUAACAUUUCCGAUGGCAUCAUGGCGACGGAUCUCUCAAGCUGGUUCACGCGCUGGCUGACACUCUACCCUUUGACAUACACAUCGACCGUGCUCGAAUUUAAGACGGACGCCAACCCGUUACCGCAUCCACGGUGGCUUGCGAGUCCGUCGUUGGGAAUCUGCGUGUGUUCCCCGCUAAUCGUCCUCGCGUGCCUGAUGGGUGAUUGGUGGGGGCUUGCCAACGCGCUCUCGAUGACAGCGUCGGUGAUCGUGCGCAAGGUUAUUCUUUUGCAGAACCGCGCCGCCAUUGAUCGAGCAGUUCUACUUUCAACAUCCCCAUCUUUGCCCCAAGAUGAAGUCGUCAAAGCCUUUUUAACGACUCCCUCGGGAAAAGCCGUAACGAUCUACGCGCCACGCCGCAUCGUUAUCAAUGUUCUGCUUACAAACACCACGCCCCUAAAUCCAGCCUUGUACUCCGCCACGCGCAUGACCGGCUGGGCUUCCUUCGCCAUCCACAUCGUCGCGCUCGGCAUGACGAGUCUCUUCAACCAGCUCCUCUCCGUGGCUGUACUGGCAGUGAGCACGAUUCUCGCGAUUCGAGGCGUAGGCGACAUGCCACACCUGCUCGGGGAGAGGUUGUACAUUGAUGUCUCGUGCAGGAGCGCCAACGAGUUUCGCGCCGCCGCGUACGCGGCCCUGAAUCUGUCGGAGAAAGAAGAGCAAUCGAUGGUCCUCUGGAAUUUGUUCCCACAUCGGAGCAAUACAAGGUGGUGGGAGAGGUAUCGAGCCGCGAUCGAUGAAAGGAGUGGUGGUAACAAGCAGUGGGCAAGUUGGGACAAAAUUCUCGCCGGUACCGUCACUCACAGUUCCCUUGAGAGUGAGAGCGAAACUAGGACGGGGAAUGAUGGACUGGGGGCUCCGGUGGAGAAGGAACAAUAUGGAGGAGAACAAGGAUAA